AUUUUGAAAAUUUUAUUAUUAUCCAAAUUCGUGCUAGACUGAGGAGCAGCUGCAUGCUGUGUUUUAACCUAUUGUUUGGAUUCCAUUCCAUGGAACGAAUGGAUCGUAUUCUCUUCUCUUCAAUCUUUGCUACAGACAUAUGUAUAUGAACACUGAAGAAAGAAGGACACCUCACUCACAUGUGAACCCUUUUUUUCUUCUUUUCCAUCUACUUUUUUUUUUUUUUACCGUUUAAGUCAAUCCCUUAUUUUCUGGCUAUCCCUUGACUUCAACAGUUCAACGCCAUAUUUUAACUAUAUACCUAAUAAUUCUUACUAUUUUUUAUAUUUAUUAAAUUAUUAUGGUAAUAAUUUGUGGAAUUCAUGCAGGCGGGACAGUUUCAUCACCCACAGGGCUUUCUGCGACGCACUAGCUCAGGAGAGCGCCAGAAACCCACCGCCCUCCCUCUCCUCCCUCGGCUCCCACCUCUUCGCCGGCGCCGGCGGAGCAGCCAACAACAUGACCCUAGGCAUCUCCUCCACCGCUCAUUCCUCCGCCGCAGCCGACAUCCUCCGCCUCGGCGGAUCCACCACUGGCGGAGCCGGACAGUUCGACCACCUCCUCCCUCCUUCGACGACCACGACAACAACCUCGCAGCAGUUCCGAAACCAGCCCCACUUGUCGCCUUCCUCCGCCGCUUUCUUCAUGCAACAACAAGAUCAGAACAACAGCUACCAGCCAUUCCACCAUACCCUAAUGCAGCAGCAGCAGCAGUUUUCCUCCGAUCCUAACAACGCGGCCGGUGGCGGCGCAGCCGCCAACCAACUCUUCAACCUAGGGUUCUUCCCCAACUCCUCCACCGCCGGCAUCGACAGCACCACCAGCACCAACAACAACAACAACAACGCUACCCUCUUCACCAAUCAUAACAACAACAACCACAGCGGCGGCGGCGACGAUCAUCAUCAUCAUCAUCACCAGAUGAUGAUGGGAUCAUCCACCGGCGGCAGCGUCCCUCUCUUCAGCUCCUCCUCCGUCCACCAGCAGCAAAUGAACAACAUGGUGGCCCACAUGUCGGCCACGGCGCUGCUCCAGAAGGCGGCGCAGAUGGGCUCCACCACCAACUCCAACCCCAACGCCACCACCAGCGCCUCACUUCUCAGAAGCGCAUUCGCCGCCGGCCCCAACCACAACAACCAAAAAUCAUCAUCGUCGUCAUCAGGCGAAAAGCAGCAUCACCCCCCACCGCCGAGCCUCGGAAGCUUCGGUGGCUCGUUCUUCGGCGACGUGGACACGAACAACAGCAACAACAACCUCCACGACCUCAUGAUGAACUCCUUCGCAGCCGCCGCCGGGAACAACAACAACAACAACAACAACUCGCCGUCUAUGUUCAACAUGGAGGAAGGGAACCACAACCAGAGCAGCGGCAACAACAACAACAACAACAACAAUAACGGUGGCAGUAGUAGUAACAACAAGAAGUUGACGAGGGAUUUCCUUGGAGUUGGACACGUGGCGGCGGUCAGAGGCAUCGCCGGCGGCACCACUACCAGCAAUAUCUCUCAGAAUCAGCAGCAGCAGGUAGGGGCGGCGUUGGAGAGAAGCUCGUCGUUGGAUUCGGAGAGGAACAAUAACAACAGCAUGGGGAGUCACUCUUCUUUCGGGGGAAACCCUAGCUUCCAAUGAAAAUCAUGAAAGUCAACCAUGCACUGGAAAGCAGGAUAUGAUGAUGACCAUGUUGGCGCAAAAGGAAUCGAGGUACGUCAAAAUUCGAAAAGUAUUUUUUUUUAACUGUUUCAUAUAUAUGGUUAGAGUACUGUUAUUCUUUUCGUUUUUUUACUGAGUGACUGACAAAGAUAGAGUUUUUGCAUGGUGAGAUGGGUCCACGAGUGGGAAAAACACGAGAUGGAGUGGAGAGUGGGGGCAAUGGGAGAUUUUGUGUUCUUUCGCUUGUCUUUUCCCAUAUCAUUUUUUAUGAUUAUGAAGAAAAGGAAAUAGAGAGAAGGGUAGGGAAAUACAAUGAAGAAGGGAAUGAUGGUAGUAAUAAUGUAAUCGAGGAUCGAAUAAUAUGAGGCUGGCAAAGGGGAAGAGAGUCACGAGAGUUGGUCCUUCCUUAGGAUUCCCUUUGGGCCUUCAACUUCUUCUUCUUCUUCUUCUUCGAGCAUGAUAGAAUGUCGUAUGUGUCUCCCCUUCCCCACCCCCACUUGCCAUUUUUUUUGCCUUGUUCGGGGUAUUUUCUUUACUUGAAAUGAUGCAUUCACGACUCACGUGUGUGUCUAGCCAACUUAAGUGCUCAUUUGUAGAAUUGAAAUCUAAAUAGGUAGAUUGUUUCUCUAAACGAGUCCUACAUUAUUAUGAUAACAAAAAAAAAAAAAAAAAAAAAAACUUGUUGGGUAGCUAGCACGCCACUAUGUAUUAGUAGCGUCGUCCAUGUGUAAAUUUGAAGAGUGUUUUUAGUCAUAGUUGCAUAUACCUAAAGGGAGCUAGACCUAAAUAAUGGGAAUAUGGUAAGAAGAACAUAUAUGUAUAACUGUAAAUUGUAAUGCAUGGGUGGUAGCAGCAGCAGCAGUCACAUGCAUGGGCUGGCUGACAGCACAAUGGGGGCAUUGGGAGCCACCCACAUCACUAACAAAAUCUAUGCUAUGUAGCCACCACAGUCCAUGCAAUUGAUUGAGACAUGUUCUACCCUUACCCACCUGAUUUUCCUACUACUAUAUAGUUCACUAAAUACUAGGGGUGGGAAUUCGGUCCCGGUUUUUCGGUCAAACCAAAACCGAGCAGUUAAAACCGUACCGGUUGUGACCGGAAACCGAAUUGCCAUUUACCCAAUCCAAUUUUCGGUUGUAUUGCACACCAACCUGGUCCAAUUCGUUUAAGCCUGGAAAAAUUGGAUAUUAAAUUAUUAAUAAACCCAACACUGUCCAGCCAACCCAAGCCUACUAUCAGCCCAACCCAGCCAGCCCACCCUCAAACCCUCACUCCCUAGUUGGCCCGUUACCCACCCCCGCUCCCUAUCCAAAAUCUAAACAACGAAACCUAGCCUCCCCACCAACCCUCUCGAUCUCCACUUCACUGCCCCCUCAAUCCCCUCGAACUCUUUAGUCCCUCCAUACCUCAACAGACAUCCAAACUCACCGCCUCCCUCAAACAAUCAAUCUCUCUUCGCUUAGACCUUACCGCUGACACCCACCCUCACUGACACGAUGACAUUCGCCUCUGGUCUUGGCGACGGCUGAUCGUCAACGACGGAUGAUUUUUCUUCUUCUCUCAAGUCAAUUUAAUCGUCAAUUUGAGUGUAUCCGGUUGUUUGGUCAAAACCGUAUUGCAUCCAAUCCGGUUUGGUCAAAACCGGGUACCAAUCCAAUUCCGUCCUCGAUCAUGGUGUUGUCCAAUACGGUUGUAAAAAACCGGGUCAAUUAAACCGGACUGUUUAACAGCCCUACUAAAUACCAUCAUUUCCGACCUUCUAACCAAAUGAAGUCACUAAUUUUUGUGCUCUUGGUAGGUAUCUCAUCCAAAGGAAGGAUGUUUCUGAAUUGUCCCCCCCCCCCCCCCCCCCCCCCCCCCCCCCCCCAAGAUUUAUAAGGAUGAGAGAGAAAUAUCUAUUUACAUUAAAUUAUAAAUAUUUGUAUUAUUA